CACCACCACCACCUCCACGCCGGCAUUCCCGGACGGCCACCGCACCGCUCCCCACGGCCUCGCGCCGUACUUAACCCCAGCCAUGGGCGGGUCCCGGGCCCUUUCCCUCUCCUCCCUCUGCGCCGCCGCCGCCGCGUCCAGGUCGCCGCUCCUCGCCUCCCACCACCGCGCGCGGCACCUCCGCCCCCGCCUCGCCGCCGCCAUGUCCUCCUCCUCAUCCCCCGCCCCGGCUCCCGGCGCGGCCCCCUCGGCGUCCUCCGCCAUCGACUUCCUCACGCUCUGCUACCGCCUCAAGACGACGAAGAGGGCGGGCUGGGUGAGGCGCGGGCUGCAGGGGCCCGAGUCCGUGGCCGACCACAUGUACCGGAUGGGAGUCAUGGCGCUCGUCGCCGCCGACCUUCCGGCAGGCGUCAACCGCGACAGGUGCGUGAAGAUGGCCAUUGUGCACGACAUAGCCGAAGCUAUUGUUGGCGAUAUCACCCCUGCUGAUGGCGUGCCCAAGGAAGAGAAGAGCCGUAGGGAGAAGGAAGCUCUGGACCAGAUGUGCGCGUUGCUCGGUGGAGGUUCAAGAGCCGAUGAAAUUCGUGAACUGUGGAUGGAGUACGAGGACAAUGCCACUUUGGAAGCCAAGGUUGUCAAAGAUUUUGACAAGGUUGAGAUGAUACUUCAAGCACUGGAGUACGAAAAAGAGCAAGGACGGGACCUAGAAGAGUUCUUCCAAUCAACAGCAGGGAAAUUUCAAACAGAUGUUGGAAAAGCGUGGGCAGCGGAGAUCGCGUCAAGAAGAAAGUGAAGUUACUAAUCAAAUGACAACUCACAAGCCCUAUCGGUGCUUCUUUUUUCAGACAAAACAGUCGGCAUCGAAUCUGUAUCGAAUUUCACUUUCAGAGCCUUUCUUAGCCCUGAGACUCACCGGAAAUUCCAAACGUUAAAAGCCCCAGAUCAGCCAGCCGUAUUGCUUCAGGGUGUUGCUUUUCGCUUGUAGCUGUCCUGCCUUGCCUGAAUCCACCACCAAGCUGUAGGACCAGCCUGCUUGUUGUGAUGUAAAAUCAAUUAACUCAUUGACACGAAUACACUGUAACUCGUGAGUUUCCUUUUUUAGAUAAUUUGCUAGCGGUAUCUGAGACCCAUGAUGUACUAUUGGUAUCAACUCCAAUCAUUUGUGACUGGUUCAUUAUUUAGGCAUAUGGUAGGUAAAUUUCAUUA